UGCGGUUCGGGUUGUCUGUUGCUAGGGACUUUGUUGAUUUGGGCAUGGCAGGACAAGGAUGAAGUGAUGAAAGAAUUCCCAACCAUUUAGGUGCCCGAGUUGGUACCUAUAAAAGGCUGACACAUCUUGUCCGCGGCUUCUUCAGUUCCGGUACGUCGCGAAGUUUGGCUCGACAGGCUGCUCGUAUUGCGCAGGAAGUUUGAUAACUCUGGUUUUAGUUCUGUUGCUUGUGUGAUUAGUUGUGUAUUCUUCAGUCAUAUUUAAAUCAGUACAAAACACACAAUAUGAAAACUGGAUACGGGUUAAAUACUGCGGAUUCGCUCGGAUACUUAGGAUAUGGCUCUAAACCAUAUUCCUCGCUUACCUACGUCGGCAGCAAAGGAUACAGCUCUCCGGCUACGGGUAUACGGUCCAAAAGUGUAUUCGACAAGGAUGUGAUAAUGUCCAAAGUGAAGAAACCAAAGUUAAGGCAAGCGGAGUCCACCGAGAAAGUAGAGAUACCGCUGUACAAGAAAAAAACCUUCGAUUUCACCGAUUACGCGUACCGUGAGGCUGUGAACCGUUUGAAGUUCCUACUGACGGAAGCCUACGAACCGGCCAAGACAACCACCUCCUUCUAUUAUCGCACCGUUGACGAUGGCAAAUCAGAAGUGUCCGACAGUCAGUCUGUGGUGGAACGUCCUUCAAUGACGGAGGUGUCCAAAUACUUUCCAUCGACCGCCGUUUCCCGCUACGGAAGCACUCUGGGCCGAAGAUACAGCUUUCUGAGCAAGGAUGCUACAGCAGGACCGCUGAAACCAGCGCUAUCCAGCUCUAGCUUACAUCCAGCACCAUCAGUGCAUACUGCGCAGAGUCUUGAGGUAGCGCAACCACCGCCAGAACUUUUGGGAUUCAUUGAAAAGCAGGAAAACUACAUCGAACAGUUGGAACGCGAAUCUCAGUAUUGCAGGGAGGAGCUUUCCACCUUAUUGAAGAAGGUAAAGGAGGUUGUAUCGGAGAACGAGGCCCUUACAGAUCGCUCACGGUCCAAGGCGUUAUAUCAGCUCGAUUCAUCCGAAAGUGAGGAUGUCGAGUACGCGGACCGUUCCAAGGGCAAGGGACCACUGUCCGGUCCAAGCAUCGUAUUCGAGUCACGCAUCAGCGAACUCGAGGCUCAGCUGGCGCAAUCGCAAAUUGAUCUGAAGAAACUGUUCAACGAGAAUGAGGACAACAAGCGCAAACUGUUGCACGGUGCAAGUGACGUCGGUAAUGCUGACGCUUACCGGAAGCAGGUGGAAAAUCUUCAGCGCGACAAACAAAAUCUGGAAGAAACGGUCCGUAAGCUGCAACUGUCGAUUGAUCAGCUGAAGGAUUCGGAGGCGUGUAAUUUCAGCAAAUCGCAACGAAGCCGCGACAUGAUCGAGCAGGUAGCUUUCGAGCGCAAUCAGGCAGAGAUCGAAAUUCGACGCUUAAAGGAUGAACUUGAACGUCAGCAUGAGCGUGUGCGCGAGGUACAGCACGAGAUGGCUAAACGGAUUGCAGAUGAGCGUUCCAGUGCCGAACGGCGCUACACCUACCACGUGGAUCAACUGGGUGGGGACCUUAGCAGUCAGUGGGAACACGCUACCAAACUACAGCUCGAGGUGGAACGCAUGAAGCGCAUCGAGUCCGAUUACAAGCGUGAGCUAAACCAAAAGAGCUCCCAGAUCGACGAGCUGAAGAUGGAGCUGAAGAACAAGACGGCUAUAUUUAUGUCCGAUCUCAAUCAGGCAAGUGCCGAAAAACAGUCUCUCGAACAAGAGAUCACUUCAUUGAGACUCCAGCUGGAGCGUACCGAGCGUCAAUCAAAGGUGGAAGUUUCGCGCCUGAAUGCCGAAAUUACUUCCCUUCGUCAGCGACUCGAUCGUGCCGAUGCAGACUUACUGCACUCGAAGCGAGAAAAUCUUAAACUUGCCGAUGACGUAGCUUCACUAGAGAAGGAACUAACUCUUGGAGAGCUCAACAGAGAGACACGGCCCUCGAAGGAGCUCGCAAAAAUCAUAUCCGAUAUGGAGGCUAAGCACACCAACACCGUUUCCGAACUCGAGGGCAUGAUACAAGAUCAAAAACAGCUCAUGGAAAAACUAACUGCAGAAUGCAAAAGCUUGACGCAUAAGUUAGAGGACACCACACAGAAGCAUAAAGAGGAAAAGCGGGAGCUACGCCAAACGAAUUCCGAACUGAUGGAACGAUUGAAGCAAAUCUGGCACAACUAUAAACAGAUCAGUCCCGCAUUUCGGAAGUCUAGUGUGGCGAGUUCCGGUGGGGAUCUCCGCGAGCCGCUGCACGAUGACUCAGCAGUGUCCCGUCACGAACAGCCGUCAACUCAGGAUCAAGGCCCGGAAGCAAUGCCGCACGCUAUGCAGCAUCAGGUAACAACGGUAGAACCAUGCCAGCCAACUCAGACACAUUCGAUGAUGGCGCAACUGGAGGUGUCGGAACUGGGCGACAGUACGGGAAUACUGGUGGAAAAUCAUCUCGACCCGAAUCACGUACAUCCGAUCGACAGCAGUACGCCCAGCCGAAGCAACCGCCCGAAUUGUCCCGAAACAAUUCCGUCGCCGACUACGUUGACCCCAACAAGCGUAGCGAAUCUCGACUGUCGCGAUCCUCGGUCACCAACGAAGAAGGAGUGCGGUCCGGAGGCAUUCCAAAGGAGUCAGAGUAUGGACGUGCUGUCGUGGAACCGGAGCGACUGUCACGAACCAGUGAUUCCGCUAAACCGGACAGUGCCGGAGGUGGUGCAACAUCGGGAAGCAGCGGAAGAUUGUCGCGCGAAUCCGUGGCCGAUCAGCAGAGAGCCUCACGGCAGUCGAUGCAAUCAUUGGCAGGAUCCCAGCCGUAUGGCACAGUCGACGCAGUUGACCCUGCCACAGCACAGCAAUACGCCGCACAACAGCAGUACGGAGAGUUCGCGUACCCGUCGGGAGAACAGCAACAGUACUCGGCGUUGGACGAUCAAUCUGCAGCCGGAUAUGAUCCCUCGCAACAACAGUACGCCGAUCAGCAACAGUACGAGGGUUACACAGAGCAGUACGAUCAACAACAGCAACAGAUCUACGAUCAGCAGCAGUACCAGGGCUAUCAGCAGCCAUAUGAUGCACAGCAGUACGCCCCUGAGCAAGUUUAUGAUGAAUCCAGCUACGCCACCGGAACCGGUACAAUACAACAACCUGUCACACCUGCACCUACAGCAGCAGCAGCAGCAGCACCAGCGCCAACUCCAGCAGCCGCACCAGCACUCUCAGCACAAUCCCCAACACAAGUGUCCGCCCCAGCAGCAGCCUCAUCCGCACCAUCCGCCAGCACACCAGCAGCACCGGCUACCGCCAGCACCACUGGAAGCAGCAAGCAGCAGUCAGGAAAAUCUGCUGGCUCAGUGGAACCGAAGGAAAGUAACCGAACUGUGGGGAAUACACGUUCCGGUGCAUCAUCCCGGGCAGGCGCAAACGGACAGCGAUACAAGCAACCAUCCGGUGCAGGACGAUAAGCCACCAGCAUUACAUCCUUGUUGCAGUAACAGCUUACCCCGGCAGCAACUACCGCAAACGUGCGGAUUCCAACCGAUCGCUAGCUACCCCAAGCUAAGCAUCAGCAGUCCGAGCCUAUUCGGUAGUAGCCCCGAUGUGAGCCAAACACCAUCACCAACAUCGACCGUGCUGAAAAACUAUGAUGCGGCCAGUCCCAAUCCAAUGUGAGGUAAUGGUUAAGCAGGUUGUUGGGUUGUUUGGUUGAAAAUGUGUGCCGUGCUGUUGUGGGUUUGACUGUGAAAUUGUUUUCAUAUGUGUAUAGCUACCUAUUUUGAAGCCUCUGCUCAAUCGAGCGUUUUGUAGUGAUGAUUGCCAUGUUCUGGAAAAUGAAUACAAAUUUAUCAAAACAUUUUGUUUGUUUGGCACUUUCACUUAUUUUUCUUACGAAAACUUCCCUCCCUGUUGCCUGAUUAUAAAAAAAGUAAAAAAUAA